GAACGCAUGACAUGAUGUAAUCUUCACGCGUGGCGGCUUAGUCAUCGAGGGACAGGGUAAAGUCAGGGCGAGAGGUUAAGCUUGCCCCACCAAAAAAAGCUGAACUGACGGCGGCGGGUCGAGGGUAAUGUUGACCCAUCCACCCUCCACUUCCGCCCAUCUCCUCCUCCAUCCCUCUCUCUCUCUUCUUCCCACACUCGACGCAAACGUACUCAAGCAAGAUGGGUUACGGAAAGAUCGACGAAACGUGUAUCAACACCAUCCGACUGCUCGCGGUCGAUGCCACCUUCAAGGCGAACUCCGGCCACCCCGGUGCGCCGAUGGGCAUGGCCCCGGUCGCCCACGUCCUCUUCAACAAGUUCAUGACGUUCAACCCUCAGAACCCCGACUGGGUCAAUCGCGAUCGCUUCGUGUUGUCCAACGGCCACGGAUGCAUGCUGCAAUAUGCCCUGCUGCACCUCUUCGGCUACAAACUCACCCUCGACGACCUCAAGCAGUUCCGCCAGGUCGGCAGCAUCACCCCGGGCCAUCCCGAGGCCCAUGACACCCCCGGCAUUGAAGUCACCACCGGCCCCCUCGGUCAGGGCUUCAGCAAUGCCGUGGGCUUGGCCAUCGCCCAGAAACACACCGCUGCCGUCUUCAACAAGCCCGGCUUCGAGCUCAUCAACAACCAUACCUACUGCUUCUUCGGCGAUGGCUGCGCCAUGGAAGGUAUUGCCAGCGAGGCUGCCUCCCUGGCUGGCCACUUGCAAUUGGGCAACCUGAUUUGCAUCUACGAUGACAACCAUAUCUCCAUUGACGGUGACACCAAGUGCGCCUUCACCGAAGACGUCACCAAGCGAUUCGAGGCGUACGGCUGGCAUACGCUGUGGGUCAAGAACGGUGACACCGACUACGCCGGUAUCGAGGCGGCCAUCGAGGCGGCCAAGAAGGUCACCGACAAGCCGACCGUCAUUCGACUGACCACCACCAUCGGCUUCGGCUCCCUACUGCAGGGCACCGGUGGCGUGCACGGAAACGCGCUAAAGGAAGACGAUUGCAAGCAGGUCAAGAAGAAGUUUGGCUUCGACCCGGAGAAGUCGUUUGUCGUUCCUCAGGAGGUGUACGAAGCCUACCACAAGCACGCAGCCGAGGGUGCCGCAGCAGAGUCAAAGUGGAAUCAGCUCUUCGACAAGUACAGCAACGAGCACAAGGAGCUGGGAGCGGACCUGAAGCGUCGUUUGGCCAAGGACCUUCCGGAGGGCUGGCAAAACCAUCUCCCCGUCUACAAACCGUCUGACGGUGCGGUCGCUUCCCGCAAGCUGUCCGAGACGGUUCUGGAGAAGAUUCACGAGGCCGUUCCUGAGCUCAUCUCGGGCUCCGCCGAUUUGACCGGCUCCAACAACACCCGCUGGAAGAACGCCGUCGACUUCCAGCCGCCGUCCCUCGGCAUCGGCGAGUGGAGCGGACGAUAUAUGCGCUACGGUGUGCGCGAGCACGCCAUGGCUGGCAUCAUGAACGGCAUGGCCGCCUAUGGCACCGUCAUCCCCGCCGGUGGCACCUUCCUGAACUUCGUGUCCUACGCCGCCGGAUCCGUCCGUCUUUCCUCUCUCUCGCACCAGCGCGUCAUCUACGUCGCCACCCACGACUCCAUCGGUCUGGGUGAGGAUGGCCCGACUCAUCAGCCCAUCGAGACGCUCGCUCACUUCCGCGCCCUGCCCAACAUGAUGGUCUGGCGCCCGGCCGACGGCAACGAGACCUCCGCCGCCUACUACAUGGCCCUCACCUCCAAGGGCACGCCCUCCAUCCUCGCCCUCACUCGUCAAAAUCUCCCGCAGCUCGAGGGCUCGACAAUCGAGAAGGCCAUCAAGGGUGGCUACGUGGCUCUCGAGCAGCCCGGCGCAGACAUCACCCUCGUCUCCACCGGCUCCGAAGUCGGCAUCUGCCUCGAGGCCGUCAAGUACCUCAAGGACAACAAUGGCAUCAAUGCCCGAGUCGUGUCGAUGCCUUGCACGGAAGUCUUUGACGCACAGGACAAGAGCUACCAAUUGGAGGUCCUUCCCGACGGCAUCCCGGCUUUGUCGGUGGAAGUCAUGUCCACCUUGGGCUGGGAGAAGUACUCGCAUGAGCAGUUCGGUUUGAACCGCUUCGGUGCUUCGGGACCAUACAAGGAUGUCUACAAGAAAUUCGAGUUCACGCCCGAGGGCGUCGCGAAGCGCGCCGUCCUCACUGUGGACUGGUACAAGGAGGUCAAGCCGCUGCGCUCGCCCGUCAACCGUGCUUUCCAGCAGCUUAUAUAAGUUGGCAGCUGUCUGGUGUUGGCUCGCCGAGCAAGCCACGUGUAGAGUGGGAGGACUGAAGCAGCUUCGCAUGAACACGUCGACGCUUAGCCUGCGUCAACAAACCGAUGAUUCAAAGGUAGCAGAUAGAUCUGAACAAUA